GAGAGAGAGAGAGGGAGUAAGAAAUAGAGUAGAGGAGGAGGGGAGGGAGUGAAAAGAGAGAUACACUUGCUUGCCCACAGUGGCGGGCAGAUGUACAGCGAGCGAGCGGAGAGAGUGAGCGAGCGAGCGAGAGGGAAACAGACAGAUGAGAGUAGCGCAGCGUGAGGAGGGGGAGUCCGAACACAUCCGCCUGCACAAGGAACCUUCUGAACCUUUCAAACCUUUGAUGAGCCUCUGACCCAAUAAUCACCUGUGGGCAAAGCUGUGGCUUUCGACAUGAAAAAAUGGACACCUGGCCAUAGUGGAUAUUAUAUAUGAAGGUGCUGAAGCACUCAGUUUGCCAUGGACUUUACUACAAGUAUAUGGACUGGUUGUACCUCCUUCUGUUAAUUUUGGAUAAAGGUGUGUUUAUGCUUCUUAAAAUAACCCAAAUGGUCCUUGGCUGUGGGAACAAUGCUGGGAGGAAGAAAAGCACCACGUACUAAGGAACAUCUCAUGGCCACACAAAGUUAAACUCAGUGAACCAGAUUAUGGAGUUCUUUUUCAAUUUUUCUGAGGAAACAAUAUGAAAUGAUUUUUUGGACUGCACCAUGUGGCCCCUCCUGGCUACGCUGCACUGUGAAAAGGACUGUAAACCUGUAUGUUUGAGUGUAUUUCUGUUUGCGUAUGCCCACCGUGGUAUGAUACAGUGGAAGUGAGAGGGGAGGACAUUUUCGGACCAUUCUUUCUUUACAAUGAGAGUUCCAGCCAGCGUGGCUGCAGUUUCCUGUCUUUGUCCUCUGGUGGUCUUCCUAUGUGUUGUCUCCCAGAGUUGUUAUGGGACCCGGGUCGUUCUGAGCCCUAACACUACCCCCAAACCCUUAUACCCUAAUCCCUGGCUCAAAUCACUGCCUGAACCAACCCCGCUCCCAAGCGCCAGUCCAGAAAAACAUAUGUCUCUACUGAAGCCCAGCCAAUCCUCGAGCUCCAGCCAGAACUUCUGGAGCAAAUCUCAGUUAAAACCAAGGCUCGACACUAUGUCCUAUCUUGCUGACCAUAAGUCCAAAACAAACUUUCCAUCUACAGUGUUACAGGCCAUAUCAAGUUCAAACACUAGACUGAAGCUGCAGCAUGUGCCCAAACUGAUUUCAAAUGUAAGGCAGGGGUUGGGAUACAAACCAAAUUCUAAUCAGGUGGCAAGAAAUACAUCAAACAGUCUUAACAGAUUUUCAAAACUCAACCCCAAAACAAAUCCAAAACCAAGGUUUGGAUUACUGUCAGAGCCACAGCCCAGGGCAUUCCCCAACUCUGAGGCACUGCCUGGGACUAAGACCAAUUUUGAGUUGGCCCCCAACACUAAAUUGUCUUCAUUAUCCAGUCCUAAUCAAAGGUCCAACUCAUCUGGUACUAGGAACCCCACCUACUACAAUGUCGGCCUGGCUUCACUAUCAAACCCUAAAUCUCAUUCUAAACUCAGACCUUCUUCACAAACAAUUACAAAUGCCAAAUCCCACUCUCAGAUCUCCAACCCGAGCUUCAGAACAUCCUUUAGAACACAAAGGAACCAGACCAAGUUGCUUGACACAGACAAGGAUUCCCACCAUCGGCCUAAGAGAGGCUGGAUCUGGAACCAGUUCUUUAUUCUGGAGGAACACAUUGGACCUGAACCCCAGUAUGUUGGAAAGCUCCACUCCAACUCUGACAAAGGCGAUGGUUCCGUGAAAUACAUCCUAUCUGGUGAAGGGGCGGGGUCUAUCUUCAUAAUUGACGAGACAUCGGGUGAUAUCCACGCAGCCAAGAGUCUGGACCGAGAGAGCAAAUCCCAAUAUGUCCUACACGCCAGGGCCAUUGACCGUUGGACGAAUCGCUCACUGGAGGCAGAGUCAGAGUUCAUCAUUAAGGUCCAGGACAUCAAUGACAACGCUCCAACCUUCCCUGAUGGACCGUUCUCAGCAACUGUGCCUGAGAUGUCUGAUGUUGGAACGUCUGUUUUCCAGGUGACCGCCUCGGAUGCAGAUGACCCGACAUACGGAAACAGCGCCAAGAUAGUUUACAGCAUCCUGGAGGGACAGCCUUACUUCUCUGUUGACCCAAAGACAGGUGUUAUCCGUACAGCGAUGUCCAACAUGGACCGUGAGACAAGGGACCACUACGCUGUGGUGAUCCAGGCCAAAGACAUGGCGGGGUCAGUUGGAGGAUUGUCUGGAUCCACUACUGUCAACAUCACCCUCACUGAUGUCAACGACAACCCUCCAAAGUUUUCACAGAAGAGCUACCAGCUGUAUGUACCGGAGCUGGCUCCAGUAGGGAAGGCAGUGGGUCGGAUCAGAGCCAACGAUGAAGAUGAAGGGCAGAACGCUGAGAUGACGUACAGCAUCACUAACCCAGAUGCAGCUGCCAUCUUUACCAUCACCACUGAUACUGACCGCAGGGAGGGAAUCAUUUCCCUCAAGCAGCCUCUGAACUACGAAAAGCGAAAAGUUCACACACUCAACAUUGAAGGCUCCAACACUUACCCAGACUCCCACUUCUCACACCUGGGCCCAUUCAAGGAUACCACAUCUCUGCGAGUCAUUGUGGGCGAUGUGGAUGAACCUCCUGUCUUCUCCAUGGACUACUACAUUAUGGAUGUGUAUGAGAACUCUCCGGCUGGCACCCAGGUUGGCACUGUAACUGCUGUGGACCCUGAUAGCACCAACAGCGCUGUCAGGUACUUCAUUGAAAAUGAAGAAGAAAGGCCACUGUAUUUCAACAUCGGAGUGAACAAUGGCAUCAUCAGGACUACUCAGGUUCUGGACCGGGAGGAGACGGCGUGGCAUAACAUCACUGUGAUGGCUGCAGAGGUUGAUAACCCUCGUAUGGUGAGUCACGUUCCAGUUACCAUCCAGGUCCUGGAUGUCAAUGACAACAUUCCAGCAAUCUCUGGGGGCAACAAUGCCAUCAUAGUGUGUGAGAGCACUAAACAUGGACAGGUGAUUCAGACCAUCCGAGCAGCAGAUCUGGACAACUUUGCAAAUGGAAAGUUUUCCUUCUAUAUGCCUCCUGAGCAUCCAGCCAAUCCCAAUUUCACCUUGAAGGAUAAUGGAGACAAUACUGCCAGUAUAGUAUCUCGCCGGCGUGAAGGCUUCAGCCAGGACAGAGACCAGGAACUCUUCAGUCUGGUGCUGGUAGUAGCUGAUGGUGGGGAGCCUCCUCUAAGCAGCACUGCUACACUCUCCCUCAGGGUCUGUGUGUGUCAGAGGAACAGGGGCCGUAACAGCAACAACAUCUGUCAGGCGCAGGCUUUCCUGUCCUCAGCUGGACUCAGCACUGGAGCUUUUGUUGCCAUCCUGCUGUGUAUUGUCAUAUUAUUGGCCAUAGUGAUGCUGUUCACCCAGCUACGAAAUAAGAAAGCAAGCAAAGAGCCCUUGAUCCUCUCUGAAGAGGACAUCAGAGAAAACGUUGUGACCUAUGAUGAUGAAGGAGGUGGGGAGGAGGACACAGAAGCCUUUGACAUCGCUGCGCUUAGAAAUCCCAAAGCCUCAGAGCCUCGCAGGAAGUUCCACACCUACCUUAGCUGUGGACCAAGCCCAUACGGAGAGGAGGACGAGGCUGAGGAUGAUGAGGAGGGGAUUGUGGUUAUUAGGAGAAGGAAAGCACAGGAGGUGGAUUAUGGGAACUACACCCCAGAGUCAGAACCUACCUGGUUUGUCAUUGACUGCAUUCCUCGAGAGAUCAGCCAGUCAGCGCCUUCACUGCUGCUGGAUAGUCAUGACAUCAUUCAGCAGAUCAUCCAGCAGAAAGUGGCUGAAGCAGACUCUGACAUGCGGGGCCCACCAUAUGACUCACUUCAAACAUAUGCCUACGAAGGUCGUGGGUCCUUGGCCGGGUCAGUUAGCUCUUUGGGCCUAACUGCUGCUGCAGUGCCUGAACUAAACUAUGCUGACUUGGAAGACUGGGAGCCAGAGAGACAAACAAUGGAACAAAUAGUUGGAGAACAGCUGGCUACAGACCAAGCUAACCCUGACACCUAAAGACCCUUUUUAACCUUUUGCCACAUUUGCUGAAACUGAUUGCUUUUUAUUUGUGCCAUUUGAACCUUGGUGCAAGGAUGCAAAAUAACAACUGCAAAAAGCUGGCAAUUAGGAACGGUGAUAUCAUGUGGAAUCAGAGGAUAAGAAAAGCCAUUUAUGUGUAACAAGAAAAGAACACAUAGGCUGAAGGGAGAUUUGGAAGAAGACAUCCGAGCUCAAGUGCUUUUCUCAAAUGGACAAAAUGCAAACUGACAGAAGACCAGGGUUUUCAAAUGACAGGUCAAUUUGUAUAUGAUUUUCUCCCUCUGCUCCACUUGUUAUGUGUGUUAGUGGAAAAGGUACACCUAGUCCUAGGCCCAAAGGAUUCCAGUCUUGAUUUUUACUGUUGCUGAAACUCCAGCCAUUUACAAACCCAAGCACAGCAACAGAGAGAUUAAUAUCUAAUUGGCUUGGUGCAGGAUGACCCAGGGUCGAGGUUCAGGUCACCAAUCCUUGCUUAUAAUGGGAACAUGGAGUUUUACUGAUUUGUCAUUCAUAAACACAAAAAAUUGGCUGUGAUCUAAGUGGUAUCUAUAGAAAAUUACCUGAUGACCCCACAAGAAUGCACACAAGUGUAGAAGUUAUGAUGGCCAAAAAAA